AUGAAUGAACUUCUCCCCAUCUGGAGCAGCAUCAACAUGCACGGACAGACACCCAACAGAUGGCCCAUUUACACAGCUCAAUCCAAUGUGACAGACAGCGUGUUGGAGGUGGUAGCAUAUGAGGCCAGGAGGCUGUUCAGAGACCGGCUAGUUUCCUCUAAAGACCUUCACACCUUUGAUAACAUCCUCUCAUCCAUCGUACGUGGAGACUGGGGCUCUGACGCUCUCGACAACAUGACCGAUGGUUUCUAUGUGACAUGGGGAGCCUCUGAAGGGGCUGUGAUGGCUCCAGGCCAGUCUCUCCCUCCUCAUGGUAAACAACUGGGACGCCUGGAUUCUGCUGACCUCAAGGAAGUUAUACAAAAGGGAGUAGUGCUGUACAGCCGUGAUAAUAAGGAGCUGGAUCUCCUUCUGUUCUGGGAAGUGUGUGACUUCGUGUCCAGGGUGGACCGGGUCCUGAGCCGACCCGGGGGCUCUCUGCUUCUGGCGGGAAGGAGUGGAGUGGGUCGCCACACAGCCACCUGCCUGGUGUCACACAUGCAUGGAUUCACACUGUUCACGCCCAAGAUCUCCCGUGGUUAUGCUCUCAAGAAUUUCAGCAAUGAUCUCAAGACGGUGAUGCAGCUUGCAGGUCUGGAGGGCCAACAGGUGGUUCUACUGUUGGAGGAUUAUCAGUUUGUUCACCCAGCUUUCUUAGAAAUGGUGAACAGCCUGUUGUCAUCAGGUGAAGUUCCCGGUCUGUACACCCCUGAAGAGCUGGAGCCUCUCCUUUCCUCUCUCAAAGAUGCCGCUUCCCAGGAUGGAUUCACCGGACCACUGUACAACUACUUUUCCCACAGAAUCAAGCAAAACCUCCACAUUGUUCUGAUCAUGGACUGCUCCAACUCUAACUUCACCAUCAACUGUGAGAGCAACCCAGCUUUCUACCGCAAGUGUUCUGUCCAGUGGAUGGAAGGAUGGUCUGAAAGCAGCAUGAAGAAGAUUCCUGAGCUGCUGCUAGCAAGGACAGAAGGAGGAGGAGAGGAGGAUGGAAGGGAAACGGCCACAAAGGGGAACAACUCAGCAGGGUCUGCUCAGGGAGACCUGUGCCGUUUGUUCCUGAUGGUCCAUGAGUCAUGCAGAGAAUAUGGUGCAACACCCAGCCAGUACAUGUCCUUCCUGCAUGUUUACACUGCGUUAUUUAGCCGGAAACAGAGCCAGCUCACUACGAGACAGCAGCACCUGCAGGCGGGCGUGUCGAAGCUGAACGAAGCUAAGUCAUUGGUGGAUGAGUUGAAGAGGCGGGCUGCGGAGCAGAGUGCUCUGCUGAAGACUAAACAACACGAGGCAGAUUCUGCCCUGCAGGAAAUUACCACCUCUAUGCAGAAUGCAAGUGACCAGAAGACAGAAAUGGAAAAGAUAAAAGGGAAGAUGGCUCAUGAAGUGGCCAAGAUUGAAGAGAGAAAGGCAAAAAUAGAUGAUGAGCUGAAAGAAGUGCAGGCUUCAACACCUUCAGCAGCCUCACGCUUGGACGAGCUCCAAGUGCCACCAAGGCAGAAGAACUUUGCCCGAGGCAUCGAGCAGCAGCUCCCAGAUGGCAUGGUGGUGGCAUCGGUGCCAACGGAGGUCCAGUGCCAUGAGGAGCUGUCGGACCCUAUUCCCGACCCAGAAUACCUCACAGGUAUGGUGAACUUCAGCGAGGUGUCUGGCUACCCCCUGGUUCAGCACUGGAGUCUUCGCUCUGUGCUGUACCACGUCAAACUCAAUCAGUGGGUCCUCUCUCAAGCUUUCAGCUCGGCCAUCCAUUCCCUGGACGGGGCAACGCAGCGGAUCGACUUUGUCUCCAUCCUCAGGGAGUUUGGGAACCAUUAUGUUCAGGAGGCGGUGUACGGCUUCCAGGAGUCCUGCACCAUCUGGUACCCCAACAAACAGGUCCAGAGACAGCUGUGGCUCGAGUACCAGGACAUCAGCAAAGUUCUGGCCCCAGUCCAUGUCCCGCUCCAGUCCCCUGGUCCAGCAGUAUGUCCAGUCCAGUUCCUGGUCUCUAGCACCAUUGGUCUCGUGUCCCAGUACCUGUCCAACUCCACGCCUAUGGAUCGUUUUCAGUACCGUCAGUCAAUAGUCCGUGUCCCCCCCCAGUACCGGUUACACAGCCAUUUCUGGUUCCGAUCGCCAUUCUGUCGAUGGACGCGGCUUCAUUCCGUCCCAGGCAGCCAUGUUUCCGGACUCCAGUUGCCCGGCACAAGCCAUGGUCCCGGCUCCCGGUGUCCCAGCGCCAUGGUUCCGGCUCAGUACCGGCUCCCAGCAGUCAUGGUUCCGGCUCUCAGGUGCCUGUUCGCCCCAGGAAGCAUGCUCUCCGACUCCCCUAGCGCUCCAGUAAGCUCUCCGGCCUGA